AUGAACGUUGAUAGCACAGACCCUCCUUCUUCUCUGAGUGAAGUCAGACAUAUUCUUCUUAUCCUGUCAGGAAAGGGUGGUGUAGGAAAGAGCUCAGUGACUACGCAACUGGCGCUUGCUUUGGCGGGCCUGGGUAACAAAGUCGGUGUACUCGAUAUUGAUCUAACUGGUCCUUCGAUACCACGCAUGUUUGGCUUAGAAGGACAUUCAAUUUUCCAAUCUAAUAAUGGAUGGAUGCCAGUUUCCAAGUAUGAAGAAGGCAAUGGAGUGCUCAAGGUGAUGUCUUUAGGGUUUCUGUUGAACGAUAGAGGAAACAGCGUUGUAUGGAGAGGACCGAAAAAGACGGCGAUGAUAAAACAGUUCAUCAAAGAUGUCGUGUGGGGGGAACUAGACUACCUUUUGAUAGACACCCCGCCUGGAACUUCGGAUGAACACAUUUCCAUAGCAGAGGAGCUACGUUGGGCCAAUCCCGAUGGUGCUAUAAUUGUCACAACACCUCAGACCGUGGCUACCGCUGAUGUGAAAAAAGAGAUUAACUUCUGUCGAAAAGUAAACUUUGACAUUCUUGGGAUAGUUGAAAACAUGUCAGGCUUCGUUUGUCCCCAUUGUGCCGAAUGCACUAACAUCUUUUCGAAAGGCGGAGGUCAAAAGCUUAGCGAAGAACUGAAAAUUCCUUUCCUCGGGAAUGUUCCUAUUGACCCGACAUUUGUCGAACUAAUAGAAAACCAAAAGUCUGAAGGAAUGAACUUGGUUGAACUCUAUCGCGGACAAUCUCUAUUUCCAGUAUUUAAAGAUAUUAUCACAUCUAUUCAGGACCAAAACAUACCGUCCAGAAUAGGUGGAUAG